UGCUGUUGGGCCUGAAGCCCCACCCACUAGUAAGACAACACCUCAGAAAAAGGAACUCACCACACAACUAACCAAAUAAGCACACUAAUGCAACAUCACACACUAACUGACACACUCUGAACUUUGAGCAGUUGGUGGAGCGGGCGUCCUGACCUGAUACUAAGGCUGGCUGUGGACUGUGGGUCAGGCUUAGGAGAGGAUACUGCUGCUGGAGGCCAGAACAGAAAAUCUGCAUCAUUCAUUUCAAGAUGGAAGCUGUUCAGGAACGCAAGCCCAAAAGGCCACACUACAUUCCUCGACCGCCAGGCAAGCCCUUCACGUACCAGUGUUUCCAGUGUCCUUUCCCCUGCAAUGAAAAGUCCCAUUCUCUUCAACACAUGAUCCACUUGUGUAAAAACUCCAUCUCCCUCAUGUCACAGAAAACUGGCACAGCAGCCCGACAAGUCAAAGCUGUGGCAAAAGGGGUCCCUUUAAAAUCAAGGGAAAGUCCAAGCCCCCCGCCUGCAGUACAAAACGACAGCCCUGAGGAACAGAGAGACGAGGAGGACAAACGACGAGAGCAGAGAGGACACUGAGAAGUAGAUGUGGGCGUGACAGUCCACUCCUUAAAGGACGGCCAGAGUGAGACAAAAUCAAAUACAGUGACAGAGGAGAGAGAACAAGGAGAGCUGACGGCCAAGUCUCUGCCGCGCCCAUCUGCCUUCUCGCCUGUCACACCCAAAAAUGACUGCGCAGAAGCCUUCAAGCCUUCUGUGCAGCAGUCAGCAGAGGAGUCGCAAGCUCCUGUGGCUGCUUUUAACCACCCAGGCUUCCCGUGGGGCACGAUGUCACCAUCUAUUCCCUUAAAACCAUACCCCCCUCCCAUGGUUCCUGAAUACUCUCCUUACCUCCUCCCUGACCGUCCACUCUAUCCACCAUACUACCUUUCAGGAAACCCCAGCGUCAGCGAGUCUAACUCUCCCUCUUUCCGGCCACAGUUCUUGGAUCCUCAGAGGCCUGUUGUGCCACAACCCAUCGCUCCACCUCACCUCUUUCCCCCGUACCCAUACAGAUACUGCCACCCUCUCAAUGCAGGCCCCCCUCUACAUUACACCCUGUACAGACCCCAUGAGCUCUCCAUGCCCAUCACAGGACCCAGGUAUCUUCCUUUGGACAUUUAUGGCCUCACAAUGGGGCCUAAGGAAUAUGACUUUUACAUGCAUUCACAUCCCAGUCACAACAGCCUCAACACAUCCACACAAGAGGAGGGCACCCACGGGCAGAGUGGGGAGAAGGAAACCAGGCUAAGUCCUAAAGAGGGCUGUUCUGCCUUAGGGUCCCCUGACAGACCAAGUCAUGCACACUUAAUACAGAGAGACACAGAGGCUGCCCAAUACACCAACAUUGGUGUGUCACAGACAUCCACCCAACUAGGACACACAGCUAAUGCUGUGCAACCCACCGAAUCUGACGAGAGACGAGAGGAGUCUGCAGAAAGCUUGCUGCAGUUAAGAAACAUGCAUGUGGAUGGAGGAUCAGAUGAGAACAGCAAGUUUUCUCCUACGUCUGUAUCCGAGCCGUGUCCAGAGACAACAUCAGAAAAGGAAACCGAGGCCAACAGAGAAGAUCUGAUGCCCCUUAAUCUUUCGAUUAGAAGCCAGGAGAGAGACAGCCUUCCCUCUGACCACAGACAGAGCUGCAUUGACAUGGAAGAAUCAAAGACAAUUGAUUUGCCCCUAAACCUCAGCCUGCAAGCUUCUUCCGACAGCCCUGCACACAGGCCUGCCCUGGGCACUUCAGACGCUCUUCAGCAGGGGUCAGACGCCGAGGAGGAGGACGAGACGUGUGACCAGAGGCAGACCGCUGCACUUGCCCUCUGUCAGCUAGCCAUUGCGAGCUCUGCUGCCUCUUCACGCGACUUCAGCACCACUGAUGUGCCAUCAGAGACUGAAAAGCCGGACCCUCCGAAGAAGAGGACCAAACAGAAGUCUAAAGCAACGGGCGUGAAGAGGGCGAACAGUGGCCCGGUUGACAGCAACUGCCACAAACCAAAGAAGAGAGUUAACGCAGCACAGCGGGCUCUCAGGAGGAGGCCUCGCUGCUGCUAACAGCUAAACCCAGACUGUUUGAAUAUUCUGUAACAAGGACAGAUCCUAUCUAACCUUCACUGCUACAAGCCUGAACUUGAAGCCUGAAGAUGAACUUGUUGAUAAUUAAUGCAAAAGUUUUAAUUAAGCACUGAAAAUCAAAACAGGACAAAUGUGAUGAUAUGAUAUCUACUGUAUAGCACUGCCAGAAAACUAUUACACAGACUUGUUGUCACUGGAUGGUGCUCUUUAUGUACUGUUCUCACACUUGAUUUGAAAAAGGUGAAACUUCUGUUUGGGUUCUUAAUAUUUAAAGCUGGACCUUUUUUUGUAAGGUAAAAACGUUACAUCAGA